AGGAAACGCACAUGUACGUAUGCAAGGGAAAAACAAGGAGAGAGAGAAAGACAAGCGGUGGGGGGUUUUGUCGCAUGCAUGCGAAAGACGAACGAACAGGUACGCAAGACCGAACCGUCAUUCUGGAGAGAAAGAACGUUUACAUUUGCUUCGUUAGUAUGGGUAGUCUAUCUAAAUGCCAUCUCUUAA